UUCGUUCACCAGCUAUCUUGUAGUCAACUAUCACGAUGGCCAGCAAGAAAAGUCCUACACCCAAGAGCCCAACAACUCCGUCUGCCGCUUCUCGUAUCCAGUCUACGCAGGCCAAGGCAGGCAAUGACACUGGAAAGAGCUCAUUCCCUGCUCGUGUUCAAUCCGCCGCUGCCACAAACGUCAACAAGGGCGCCACUGGGGAUGCACCAGCUAGUACUGGUGCAGGGAAGGGAGGUCGGAAAUCCCCUAGCAAAGGGGCUCGGAAGUAGCGGAUGUCCACUUCUGGGUCUUACGACUGUAUCGCAUGUGAAAGCAAAACGCUUGGUAGUGGACUAA